GCGGGUGCCGCCCGCCCGCCCGCCAGCUCGCUCGGGUCGCCAGCCUUCGCUCCGCCAGCCCGGGCGUCGGGGGGACCGCAGUUCAUGAGCGCAUUGAUUCCCAGGCGUUCUGGGCCACGUGCCUCGUUUCCUGACACACUCAGCAGAAGGUGAAUAGUGGUGGAGAAUUACACAGCAACAAAAGAACCUGUAUCUGUGAAUGAAGUAAGAGUUCAGAAGCCAUGGCCACAGAGGACACUAAACUUACAAAGAAUGUCCACAGGGAGGCCCCCAGUGGUGAUGAAGACAAGAAGAAGGGAGGCAAGUUCCAGCCUUUUAAGAAGUUGUUUGGCAAAAGGAAAAAGAAAGACACUUCGUUUUCCCGGGAGGCGUCAGUGAGGCAGAAGAGUGAUUGCACCCCGAGUGUCAGCAAUGGUACCUUCUCUUCCGAUGAGGAGACCCUGGAGGACAGUCUGAGGUCCUCCAACUAUUCUAUGGGCACACGGGCGUUUUCCCAUGACAGUAUCUUUAUCCCUGAUGGGGGAGCAGAAAGUGAGCAGACAGUUCAAGCAAUGUCACAGGACAACAUCCUGGGCAAGGUCAAAACUCUUCAGCGACAGUUGGGCAAGAAUAUCAAGUUUGGGCAGCGGCCAUCUAAUGCCAUUCCAAUGAAGAAGGCCGGCAGUGGAGAAGCUAGCUCAGAGGAGGACUUGUUUCUGACCAGUCCCAUGGAGAUCGUCACUCAGCAGGACAUUGUCCUUUUAGACACAGAGAACAGACCCAGCGAGCCGCCAAGCUCUCCAAGUCCUCUGCACCUCCCUGGGGCCGGAAGUGAGAUGGAAGACAAGGUUGCUCCAGUGAAACCAUCUCGUCCAAAAAGGCAUUUCUCCUCUGCUGGUACCAUUGAAAGUGUCAACCUCGAUGCCAUUCCCCUGGCCAUCGCCCGCCUGGACAACAGUGCUGCCAAGCACAAACUGGCUGUUAAGCCAAAAAACCAGAGGGUGUCAAGGAAGCACAGGCGACUAGCCCAGGACGGACAAAAUGAGCCAGGACUCCUGGAGAGUCAGCCCUCCUUGGACCAGAGUGGGCACCCAGGAGAGGACAUGCCCAUCUGUCAUGAGGAGGAGCCAGAGCCCCUGGACUCAGAGGAAGAGAAGCGACGCCAAGAAGACUACUGGCGAGAACUUGAGGCCAAGUGCAAACGGCAAAAGGCUGAAGCUGCGGAGAAGAGACGGCAGGAAGAGCAGAGGCUGCAGGCACUAGAGAGAAGGCUGUGGGAAGAGAACCAAAGGCAGGAGCUCCUGCAAGAGAAGGCCGAGGAGGAAGGCCUGGAAGAGGACCUGACGCUGGAGCCGGCAAAGGUGCAGCAGAGGGGCCUGGAGGAACAGGGCUGCCGAGAGCAAGAGCAGAGGGAACAGGAGGCUCAAGAACAUAUGGAGCCUGAAGAACAGAGGUGUCUACAGGAGGAGGCCCAGCAGUUGGAGGAGCAUAUGUUGCAGGAGGCUGAGAGACAGUGGCAGGAAGUCCAAAGGCUUGAGACCCUAGAGGCUCAGCAACAGGAGACUGAGAAGCAGAGGCUGGAGGAGGAGGCCAGGAAGCUGGAGGAGGAGAAGGCCAGGAGGCUGGAGGAGGAGAAGGCCAGGAGGCUGGAGGAGGAAGAGGAGGCCAGGAGGCUGGAGGAAGAGAAGGCCAAGAGGUUGGAGGAGGAGGAGGCCAGGAGGCUGGAGGAGGAGGCCAGGCUUCGGGAGCUGGAGGAGGAGAGGCAGGAGCAGGAGGAGCAGGAGCAGGCCCGGCAAAGGGAAAAGCUAAGCAAGCAUGAGGAGAUGGAGGCAGCGAGGCCAGAAGACAGAGCCGCGCAGCUGGAGGCCAAGGACGGCGGGCACUGGCCCAGCCCACCGCCCAGUGAUCUGGAGGAGAGGCCAGAAGACAGAGGAAGCCCAGCACCCAAAAGGCAGGGCGAAGACCCCGAGGAGCGGCAAGGCGACGAGGCGGGGGCAGCCGAGGGCCGGGAAGAAGGGCGGUCGCCCGGGGAGCCGGACAGGGAGCGGCGGGUGGAGGAGCUGCGCUGGCAGGAGGUGGACGAGCGGCAGAGCACCCCCAGGCCCUACACCUUCCAGGUGUCCUCGGGCGGCCGGCAGAUUCUCUUCCCCAAGGUCAACCUGAGCCCGGUGACCCCGGCGCAGGACGCGGGGCCGGAGCCGGCGGCGGCGCCCCCGGCCCCCCACGCGGGCGUCCUGCCCUCGGCGCUGAGCAUCCCGCACACCGCCAUCCUGGUCACCGGGGCGCAGCUCUGCGGGCCCGCCGUCAACCUGGGCCAGAUCAAGGACACGGCCUGCAAGUCGCUCCUGGGGCUGUCGGACGAGAAGCGGAGUGCCAAGCCCCGGCCGCCCCCCGAGGCGCCCGGCAGCGCCGCCCUGGCAGAGUGGGCGUCUAUUCGCUCCAGGAUCCUGAAGAGCGCCGAGGGGGAUCCGCGCGGCGGCGGCGACCGGGAGGCACCCCGGCCCGGGGACGAGCCGGCGCUCCGGGGCCGGUGCGACUCGCGGGGGACCCUGCGGCGGACCCCGCCGGUCAACGCCAAGUUCUCCAUCAUGCCAGCCUGGCAGAAGUUCUCGGACGGCGCCGAGGCCGAGGGCAGCAGGAAAAGACCCGGGCCGGGGCCUGGGGAAGAGCCCGCCGCGCCCCAGGAGCCCCCCGGGAGCCCGGAGAGGCCCGAGGGGCGCCCGGAGCCCGCCGACACCAGCCAGGGCUGCAAAUUUGCCAAAGACCUUCCGUCGUUCCUGGUGCCCGACCCGCCCGCGGCCCCCGCGGCGGACGGCGAGGCCUCGGGAGGCCCGGCCGCGGCCGAGCCCGCCGCGCCCGGCGCCGAGGAGAAGGCCUCGCCCUUCGGGAUCAAGCUGCGCCGCACCAACUACUCGCUGCGCUUCCACUGCGACCAGCAGGCCGAGCAGAAGAAGAAGAAGCGGCACAGCAGCUCUGGGGACGGCGCGGACGGCGCCCUCGGGGACCGAGAGCCACAGGCCCUGGGCGUGGCGGCCAAGGCCGGCCCCGGCCUCCCACCGGGGAAGAAGUCAGCCUCCGCCUCCCGGAGGGACGAUGCCCAGAGCCCCUUGGGCGGCCAGGCUCCCUCGGCCCCCCAGCCACCCGCCAGCAGCCUGGCCCCGGCGCCCGAGCGCGACAAGGCAGCCAUCAGAAUGCCACCGAUGCAGAAGCCGGCCCUGGCCCCCAAGCCCACCGGCCAGACCCCGCCGUCGUCCCCGCUCUCCAAAUUCAGCAGGCCCUACUUGGUAGAGCUGCUGGCUCGGCGAACUGGGAAAGCAGACAGUGAGCCCCCCAAGGAGGCCCCGGAGAGCAGUGACCCCCAGCCCCCCUCCCCGCCCCCCUCCCAGGACAGCAAGGAACAGAAGAGGGACCAGGAAGAGGGGCCGGAGAGGAAACUCACGUCCUCCCUGCUGCCCACCAGUCAGCAGGAGAGACCCGUCCCAGUCCCCGAGGCAGGGAGGAAAGACAAGCCCUUGCUUCAGAGUAGGCACUCGUUAGAUGGCUCCAAACUUACAGAGAAAGCAGAAACUGCCCAGCCACUGUGGAUAACAUUAGCACUGCAAAAGCAAAAGGGGUUCCGUGAACAGCAAGCAUCUCGAGAGGAGAGGAAGCAAGCCCGAGAGGCCAAGCAGGGAGAAAAACUGUCCAAAGAAAAUGUGAGUGUCAGCUCACAGCCUGGAAGCAGCAGUAUGAGCAGAGCAAGCUCCCUGCACAAGUCCACUAGUCCGACGGAAGAGAAGAAGCCCGAGACGGCAGUAUCCAGGCUCCAGCGCAGAGAGCAGCUGAAAAAAGCCAACACUCUUCCCACGUCAGUGACAGUGGAGAUCUCAGAUUCAGCUCCGCCAGUGCCACUGGUGAAAGAAGUUACCAAGAGGUUCUCCACCCCAGAUGCUGCCCCUGUGUCCACAGAACCAGCCUGGCUGGCUUUGGCCAAAAGAAAAGCAAAGGCGUGGAGUGACUGUCCACAGAUUAUUAAGUAAAGAGUGAUUCUUAUCCAUUCCUAUUGCCAGUUACUGGCUCCUCUCCUGCCCUUUUUAUUUAUUUUUUAUAUGCAGUAAAGAACCAAGCUAGGGAAAAGACGCAUGUUUUUUAGGCUCUAAAAUAAUGUUUAGAAACUGAACUGGUGGUGUUCAUUGUAAAAAGUGUAUUUGCACAACCCAGGGUCAUGGUGCCUUGAGCUCCCCCUAGUUCUCAAGAGAUGGUUCCUUCUGUCCAAAGGACCACAAGAAGCAAAAUCUCCAAACCAAGAUUCCUCAAGAGAGCCUGCCAUGUCCAUUCCAUGGCCCUCGUACAUGCACACCAUCCAGAACACAUGCUUUUGCCAACCUCCAUAAUGUGCUUUUGAUUCUCUACACUACACUUAAUUUCUUCUAUCCAAAACAUUUACCCUACCAUGUCUGCAUAUUCUACCCAUCCUACAGUAAUGGUGAAAGAAUUGCAUAUAGAUAAAACAAAAAUGUCCAUUCUCCUGAAUGCAAAAACAGGGAAAACAUCUGUGCCUAUGUUUCGUUUUCAUCAGUUUUCCCACCCUGAAGCUGUAACCCAGAAGAGAGGCCCACAUCCUCUCCCACACUGUGGGGUACACGGUGAUCAAGAAAAUGUGGGUCCCAUCAUACUAGUACUUUCCCUAAGGACAUGGGGAACAUUCAGCCUAGUUGGCUUCUGAGGAAUGCUUUUAUUUACUAUGGUGAAUAAAUUAUGUAUCAGAGAAGAAAAUAAAUUGCAUAUUCUGUCUCUGAGGAUCUCCGUUUAGUACAGUGGUUCUUCAGAUGUCCAGGAGGCAUCCAGAUCCUGCGAACACAUUGCAGGAAUGUAUGUUCUAGCAAAAACUCUUCAAAGAAUUCUAACGUAUCGCAAAUGUUAAAACCUUGAGCUACACUGACACUAGUGUCAUCUGGGUUUUCAGACUGAUGGGGAGGCUCAUUCAUCCAAAAUAGCAACAUUCAAACCAGCUACAAACUUGACAUGGGCCCAAAAUUUCCCUUUGGUCUUUAGGGAAAAUUAAUAGGAAGAUUUAGAGCCUUUGUAUUAAGGACUCCUUGAAGAAUGUGUUUUUUUUCCUUUGCUGCAAUCAAACCAUUCAUAUUUGGAGUGGAAAGUUAGAGCAUUCACCUUGCUACCUUUACAAAGUAUCUCAGAAUUUAAGUGGCCUUGUUAUUAUCUACACAAAGAAGGGACCUGGCAGUUUCAAAGCCACAUCUUCUAUUUUUUUUUUAACUUUUAUUUCCCUAGAUUUGCUCUGCCGGAACAUAGACAAACCAGCAAUCCCUCAACCACAUACUGCUGAUGCUACCUUUACAUUUCAUGGCGUUGCCAUUGCUCUUAAGAUUCUUAUUCCUAAAUAUAGAUGUGAAUUCUUUGUCCUUUUUCCUUUUUCCUCUUCUAUAAUAACAUGUUAUAGUAUCCAUAAUUACUUUCCUUUAUGCUUACUCAAUAUGCAAUGUGCUGUUAUUCUAUCAUUUACCUUAAAGAAUAUCAGUAAAAUGGUUUACCUUAUAAACCAUUUUCUUUCUAGAAAAACAUGGCUCAGCUUCACUGUAGUAGCUGGCAUGUAUGGUCAAGUGGGUAGUUGUACUCUUACAAGUUGGAUUUAAUACUAUAUAUACUGGAUUGUCAGACAAUGUUAAGAAUCAGUGUAACUUUUCUAGUGCUACUGGAAGCAAUUAAUAUUCUACUGCACGUUUUUGACACUUGAACUAGAUGUUCACUUCUAAUCUUAUAGGUAAGCAUUUCUUAGUUCAAUGAUUUCCUCACUAAUAUAACACUUUUUAAUAAGCAUCUUUCAACUAGAGCCCUGGAAUUAUAGUGCUAUUGUAAUUCUUCCAAGUUGACUUUUCUUUCCAUACUAUCAGCAGUGGACACUGUCACAGUUAUGGCAGGGAACAAGUGGGGAAAGAAGAUUAUUCACCAAGAAUGGUAGAUGAGUGAACUCUCCUGGCACAAACACCAGUAAGCCCAUACCAAAAUAGGAAAAAUGCCUCAGAUCAUAACGUCCCACCAAAGUCUUUAAAGAAGAGUCUACUGAGGGAAGGGCAGUCACAGUACCUACUCUAACAACUUCUGAAGGGUAUAUGUUUAACAUUUCAUUUACAAAUCACCCCAAAUUUGCACUAAAUACCAAUGAAGUGUUAUUUUGCUUUAGUUGUGUUGCAGUCUUUUCAGAGCAACAAACUAUGUAUGGGGAAAUUCUGUAAAAACAAAAACUUCAAGACUUUUUUAAAUGAAUGAUUGCUAUGUUAAAUACAUAAUCUUUUUUAAUUUAAAUCUGUUUUUCCCAGCAAGGUUAUAGAUGAUUAAGCUUGUUCAUAGUUAUAUGUAUAUAUAUAGUCAUAUAUAUAUGGAUAUAUAUAUGACUAGAGAUUUGUUUACUUUUUUUUAGUUUUUCAAGUGCAAUUGUUUCCAAUAAAAAUUAAUUACUAUUAAGUUAUCGUUUCUAGCCAGUUAUCUGUAAAUGUAUGGUAUGUGUUCAUUGUCUCUUUGUGAUAUUUAGUUUGCUUAUUUUAAAGCAAAAACAUUAGCUACAAGUGUCUUGCAAUAUUUUUACCAACAAUAAAAAUUAAGUAGAGUCUUAAUGAAAACACUUUAGUGUGAUUCUAAUAUUAUCUGAGAUUUUGGGUGCAAAAUGUCCAUUAGUGAAGGGAAAGAUCUUUCAAUAAAAAUAUCAACAAGAUCUUUGGCAUUAAUGGAAUUUGCUUUCGCGUUUUUACUAACUUUGAUGAUUGUCUACAGGCAGUCUCAAAUUUUGCUAGCUUUUAAUGAACAAGAAAAAUUACAAGGUGUAAGAAACAGUACUUGAUUAUUUUUUCACUAUGUAUUUUGGAGAAAAAUAGUCAAUAGUGGCAAAUGUUUAUCUCAGUCCUAAAUUAGAAAUUUUCCUACAACCUCCUUAC